UUUUGAUUUCGAUUGUUGUUGUUUCGUUGAUUGAUAUUUUGUUUUAAUGGUUUUAUUUAGUUUAGUUUGUUACAUUAAUCCACAUCCGCACUGUUUAAUUCGGUUCAUUUAGUACCUAUAUUGUGUAUUAUAAAUUGUAAAGUAACUUGCAUCACAUUUUAACGAUUUAUUACCAAUACAAACCAGUGUAACCUAUUUAAAAUAAAAUUUUAAAGCGAAAAAUUACUUCUAAUGGUUUUACAAAACAUAAUAACCGCUGAAAUUUCGUCACGUUAACGUCACGUGGUCGAUAACGAAACUCGCAUUUCACGUUUUUCGCAAUCGCAAAGAAAUUUUUAUUUUACGAAACUGAUAUCUGAGACUUAGAAGUCAGAUGUAGCGUGGGUAUUCCCAGUGGGUGCCGCAACGAUCUGAACAGCAGAAUAUGACCUGAAGAGACUACGAUUGCGACUGUAUUGAUUGCUUUUUAAGGAGAAACUAUGGCGGUCCAAGAAGCAGACGAAAUCGUUAGUAGAUUCUUCGAACAAUCCGAAGAUACAAUUCUUCUCAGCCCAUACAAAAUCGGUCCUAACAAUAAAGAUGAUACAUUAGAUUCCUCUCUGGACUCUAGCCAGCUGAGCCAGGCUUCCACUGAGGACCCUGACUCUCUUAGCUUGUCCCAACUGACCAUAGACACCCAGGAGCCCCUUCUUAUCCAACCUUAUUUCAACAUCACUCCUAGGGAAAUGCCCACAUCACCUCACUACGUUUUCGAAGAAGAAUUCGGAACCAAUCCUUGGGCUUUACUCAUAGCAACUGUUUUUUUAACGAAAACCGCGGGAAAAGUUGCUAGACCGUUCAUGAAGGAGUUUUUCGAUCAAUACCCGACUCCUUACCACGUUUUGGAUGGUAGUCCAACCUCUUUGGAGCGUUUUUUCGAGAAAAUAGGUUUGAAAAAGAGGGCGCAUAUGAUAUGGAAGUUGAGUUUCCAGUUUCUGUCUGCUCGAUGGAGGCGAGCAAGCGACCUUCAUGGUAUUGGGAAGUAUGGGGAAGACGCCUACAGAGUGUUUUGUCUCGGUCACACUGAUUUGGACCCCGGAGAUAGGUACAUAAAGCUGUACGUUGAUUGGCUGAGAGGGCACACAGAGUUUCUUGAAGAAAACGGUGUUAUUGACUGCGAGUGUGUGGUGGAAGAUCCAGUCUUAGAAUAUUAUAGAGUUACUUUAAGAGAAUAAUUGUUCACAUUAUUAACACAUUUAGGCUAUUAAUUUUAACUUUAAAAUCGUGUGAAGUACGGUAUACAAGGCCUGGCAAAUAGGUUUUGAAAUUAUUGAAAUCGUCCUGUUUUAUUUAUAAUAUUAAAUCUACUUAUAUUAAAAAUAUAACCUGGUAAAUAAGUUAAUAAAACUUAUUUGCCAUAUUGUCUGCUUAUUGAUAUUUGAUAAGGCACAAUACCUAUAACUUAUUAAACAAAGAAAUCCUUUUUAAAUUGUU